AUGACGUUGAAUUGGAUGCCACCGCAUAGCCCAACGACGGCCGAAGAACUCAUUUGGUGGUGGUUCAGCGCGGCUACCGUCGUGCCGACAACCUCGAUUCAAUCGGUCUUGGAUCUUGCGACGUCUCACAUUGCGAGUCUCCCAGCUGAUACCACUGUUCUGGUCGCCCUGCUCGAGGCGCUCUGCAAUCAGGGGCCCUCUUCUCUCCGCACACCCUUCUCGGAGGCACCGCCCCAGAACCCGUGUCCUAACGAGGCGCUGGACUAUGCGAUUACGUGCAUCUCCGCACUUCCGGUCGAGACGAAUGUCGUCUUGAAGAUGGCGCUCGACCUCCGCUACACACUGCCCAUGCCGUCCCAAUGCACGCGCCCCUAG